AUGGUGGUUUUUUCUGAUGAUGAGCCGAUUGAUUCUGUUGUUGAGCGUAAUGCACAUAGGGUCACAAUGUUCAAUGCUUGGUUAGAGGCUAACAAGAAAUAUUCAGAAGUAAGAAAUUUGACUUAUGCUGAUUUUCCUACAAGAUUUAUCUUCAAAAAGAAUAUUCGUCAGUGGUCUCCUAGAAAAUCUUUACAACUUACAGAUGAGGAGCUAAAGAAUUAUGCUCUUAUUGAAAUUGAGAAUUUGUUGCAACAUAAUGGGAGAAAUCUUAUUGACUUUGAAUCAAUGCCUUAUCCAGAUAUGAAUAGAGUACAAAAGGACAAUAACAAGUUUAUGCAUGAUGAGCUAAGCUACAACAGAAGUAUUUUAGUUGAAGAGCUUCAGCACCUUCUAAAUUCACUCACUGAUGAGCAAAGGUAUAUCUAUGAUAAGGUAAUAAGUACCGUGAAUUCCAACGAUGGUGGUGUCUUCUUUGUUUAUGGUUAUGGGGGUACAGGUAAGACAUUUGUCUGGAAGACUCUCUCAGCUUCAUUGCGAUCACAGGAAAACAUUGUGUUAAAUAUUGCUUCCAGUAGGAUAGCAUCCCUAUUGCUCCCUGGUGGUAGGACAGCACAUUCAAGGUUUGGUAUACCAUUGCAAAUAAAUAAAGAUUCAGUUUGCAACAUAAGGCAAGGUAGUGAUUUAGCUGAGCUCUUGGUGCAUACUCAGCUUAUUAUAUGGGAUGAGGCACCGAUGACAAACAAGUUCUGUUUUGAAGCACUUGAUAGGAGCUUAAGAGAUAUCAUGAGGUUCUCAAAUCCAGAAUGUGCAAAUCAGCCAUUCGGAGACAAUCCUAUAAAGUCAAUUGUUGAGAGCAUGUAUCCUAAUAUUUUGAAAAAUAUAAAUGACCUCAAUUAUUUUCAAGAAAGAGCUAUUCUUGCUCCCACCUUGUUGAAUGUUGACGUUGUUAAUGAGUAUAUGCUUUCAAUGAUCCCAGGAGAAGAGAGAAUAUAUUUGAGUUCAGACAGUGUUUGUAGGGCAGAUGCAAAUGUUGACAGCAUGAAUGAUUUGUACACAACAGAAUACUUGAACAGCAUAAGGAUGUCAGGCCUUCCAAAUCAUAUGUUAAAGUUGAAAGUCGGUGCUCCUAUGAUGUUGCUUAGAAAUAUUGAUAAAUCUUUGGGGUUGUGCAAUGAUAUCAAGAUUAAUUAUCAGUCAACUAGGGAAACACGUGCUUGA